GUUAGCUUGUUCUUGUUUUAUAUGUAAAAUUGGUGAUGUGAUGCGAUGCGAUGUAAGUGGACGUGACGGAUGUGAUGUAACCUAAUUCAGGUACCAAUGAUGUCAAAUGUCAACGUUGUUGCUACUACCCAUUUAGUGCAAUUUCCCGAUCCUAGCUCUUUCCUGCCGCCAAUUUGUUCUCCCGGCGUGUUGAAGCUGCUACAGGUGCUACAGAUGCUAUUACAGGUGCAUGAAUUAGAUCCUGCCUAGAGGUUGGUACUUGUACCUAAGCUUUUCGCAAACCUGUAAAUCACCGACAUUCAUCAACAUUAACUCUGUAGUAUCAUCAACUCAACUUUUACUCCUUGGAGGAGACAAAUCUCAAGUCUCCUUGUCCGCCGCUCUUUUUUCUCAUUUUUAUUCUCCCUCUCUCUCUCCUAGUUUCCCCUUAGAAUGUACCAUAUCGGCAAUUCGACAUUCUUACUUCGCAGUCAUAUCUUUCCGACCGAUCGAGCAAGACGUUAGCCACAAUGCCUGGCGGAUUAGAAGCAUCCCGUUGGGCAUCGGCAUCGGCCCCGAGCAACUAUCGCAUAAACAAGUCACACGGUAACCGCCGCCGCCGUUCUUCGCGAAGCUCGUCAAGUCUGCCGCCCUCGACGCCCUCGACAAGAUCGGCCCCGAGAUCGAGAUCCGACACUUCCUUUACCCCACGCGACUCGACCGAAGACCCACCUCCACCUGAAUACGAACUUUCACGAUUCCUCAAAAUCGUGGCUCGUCUCAACUGGAAAAUGCCAUUCCUUAAGGAGGGAUACCGCAUGGCUAUAGAUAGUGCCGACAAGCCACUGGCACAAGUCGAAGCUUGCGAGAUACAAUUCAAGUUGGACUUCCACGAAUUUUACAUGCUUAUCGAGCGAGCCCUAGUCCGCUUGAUGGGCAUCUUCGGAAUCAUGGUGAAGAAUCAUGGUGCUGUAAUUAACGGCGUUUUCACACUAUACGGCAGCUCGGAGAGCGGUCAGCAUCAGUACCACGCAAACGUCCUCAGGGCGCUCGAAGAUCCAAGGAACCCGCUCAGUGCCAUCUUUGGGGUUACUGAAGUCCGGAAGCAGUUAAUGCAAGCUAAAGACCUCCGCAACCGCUGGAAGAAUAUUGACGAGGCAGACCCAGCGUCGCCUCCGCCCGCGCCGCUCUCGGCCUAUAAUCUUGAGCUUAUCGUGCAGACUAUUCUCGCGGCGAUCGAGCGCGCUCAUGCUUUCACCGUCGAAUAUGUUGUUGCGCGCGAAGGCAAACCCAUGAAUACCUCUAGCGACACGGGAGAGAAAGACUGGGAGUUUAUCGUGGAUGCGAUGGAUUGGGAAGCAGUUUGAUUGUUGAUUGAUGCAUUAUAGCAUGGCAAAGCAUUAUUUGGAUUCCCUUCUUGUUUUUUUUUAAUCAAAGUCCUAGGCAUACAAGUUAUUGGCGUUUAGGUUGACGAUAUUGACCAUGGUGUGAUACCCGGACCUAUAGGAUAAGGUAUCCUUAGGGACUCAGCAGGAUUUCUUUGUACCCUCGCAUCUUUUGUUGCAUUAGUUAACCUCAAGUUCAACAAGCUCGUUGAACACCAAACCUAAUAAUUCAUACUAAGUACCUAGGUACCUAAGGUAAUUUACUUCCAAGCCUGUUAAUCACAACGAUGAGGUGCUUGACUCAGAA